GUUCAGGCUAGGAACACGCUGAAGCUAUGGAUAACAAUCGCUAAGAAACCAACCAAAAGGCACGUGUAUUCUAUACUGGUAUCCCAUUCAUUCACGUGGGUCUUCUCAACGAUUACAUCAGUGACGUAUGCAUUUUUAGGCAGUGCUGCUGUAAAACAUAGACCAUCUUACUUCUGAACUCUGUCAAAAUAUUAACAGGGAAAUCAACUACCAAAGCAAACACCAUACCCUAAAGAUGGCUGUUAGAAUCGAAUUGAAGCAAAUAGACUUAAAGGGCAAGAAAAUUGUCGACGAAUCCGUCUUCAACAUUCUCAACGACUACCUGCAACUAGGAAGUUCUACAUCCACCUCUCAGGCAGCCAUCGCCAUAUCAAAACUAGCCCCCGAGCCCAGUGGCGAAGAGAAAACCCUAAGCGACGAAUUCUUUUUCGGGCUAUGGAAAAGCAUCAUUGGGGUCGCAGAGCAGAUCCCACCUGAUCAUUUCGCGCAGGACAAGUUAGUAGGCGUCUUAAGGGAACUUACACUGCUCCCAGAUAGUGGGGUUACGGUAUGGGGAGCCCGCCUUUGGACAGAUUUACCAGUUCUUGGCGCUGUUUUCAGGGAACACUUGAAUGGGCCUGGUCAUUCGGCCGAUGAAGAGGAGCAAGGGCAGAUUGAUCUGGCUUGGAUACGAUUCCAUGCUUUCUCUGCUAAACUGAUUGGGGCUGGAGUGGUGCAUUUUGAGAACCAACCCAUAUGGAUGUUGCGCGAGGCAUUAGAGGAACAGAAGAACCCGGUAAAAAGCAGUGCGUUGGAUAGAGACUUGAUAACGGCGGCUAUGUACAUCGAGUUCUCAGGCCCAGUGCUAGUUGAAGCGUUGGCGGCCAACCCUGAGCCGGAACUCAGCGACGAACUUCGCCGUAUACUUAAGGCUGGUACACUCUUCAGUGGGGGUUCGGGGCUGAGACUAGAUAGGUGGUCGUACUGGACUAAGAGAUUUAGAGAGGAGGCGGAGAAAACGAAGAGCGAGAAGGCGAAAGCAAUUGCCUUGCGAACUGCUCGGUUGAUGGAAGUUUGGACCAAUGCAAGAUUGAGUAACUGAAGCAGACUAAUGAUUAGAGAUCGCCGGGGGGGGUUAAGGAAUGAUUAUGUUUACCUAAGUAGGUACGAACCGUCCUAGUGGUUUUGACUCUUAGCUGCGUGACCUCAGUUAACUUGGAACGCGCCUUCCACGCCUCAAAUACAAUACUUUUCUCCUGUG